UCAGAAACCCUCGGCUAGCGAUCUCCCUCCUCCCCUCUGUCUCCGCAUCCGAUCCGAGGCGAGGCGGCGAUGCAGAUCCAGGUCCGGUGCGGGUGCGGCGAGGCGGCGUGCCCGGAGUGGGCGGUGGUGGAGGUGCAGGGCGUGCUGCAGCCGCAGCCCUGCUUCUCCGGCCGCAUCCAGGGCCUCCACAUCGGCCGCCUCUGCUCCACCUCCUCCCCCCCGUCUUCCAAGGGCGGGUACACCUUCACCAUCGGGUACCAUGAGCUCGCCGGCUCCAAGGUGACUCUCAAGAAGCCCCUGCUGGUGCUGAGGAAGAAGAAGAACGGCAAGGGAGGUACCGGCGAGCUCGGCCAAGGUGGACCGGCGGAGGUGGAGCUGGAGGUGAUCGGCAUCAUCCGGCACAAGAUCCUCUUCAAGGACCGCCCCAAGGCUCUCAUCUCAAAGCCGGUGCCGAAGGAGAAGAAGGCCCUGCCUGCAGCGGCGACCCCAUCAACCGUGCCUCCCGCUUCCUGAAGAAGAAAUGAAAAGUUUGUUAAGGAUCUGAAGCUCCUUAGGAUCUCUGAUUGUGCCUGUUUGUUUCCCCUGCCACAUCUUCUUCUUCCACCAUUGUUGUGCUUGUGCCAUAUAGCAGCAUGAAUUUGCCGUCGUUGAAGCACUCCAGUGAGAAAUUAGCACAAACGCCUAGCAAACUUGUGGGGCUGUUUGGGUCCACUGCUAUGCGUAUGGGAACCAAAUACUAGUAGCUUCAUAUUGCUUAUAUUCUUGUGGCGCCAGGUUCAUUUUGCUUA